AUGGGCCAGACCAUCAGCAAACCCGCUUCUAACCCCUUCCAGAACUCCCAAUUGUUCUCCUCUUUUAAGCGCCGCUCCAAUGAUCAGAACCUGUCCCCUCGACCGAGCAUCUUCUCCACACUGAGGGCCCCCGUGGCCAAACCCAACAGUUUCAUACCUCUAUUCAAUGACUGCAUCUCGGUCGCCUCAUCCAGAACUCAAGAGUACCUCCUCUUCAAAGACCCAGAGGACAAGUUCCAUCCAAGCCCUGAAGUGCUCACUCAGGUCUUCCUGAUGACUUACAUCUCUCAGAGCAUCAGCCUCAACAUGACAGACACCUUCAACUGCACUGCCAUGACGCCCGAGCAGCGCAUCCUCCUGGGGGCCGACUGGGUCUGGGCCGUGCUGGAGAAGCCCACCAAGAACCCUCGGAUCCAGAUCGCAGUGCAGGUCCUAAACCUGCACGACAGGGAGGAAGCCGAGGAGGACACCUUCGGCCCAGAGGCCCGCAGCGAGUCUGUCCAGAUUGCCCAGAAGGAGUCCAGCAACAAAACCAUCUACGAGAGGAUGGUGGACUUCUGCACCUCCAUCGGCAAGGACUGUUACGCCCUCUUCUUGUUCUUGGGCAAGAAAAGCGACAAGGGCAAUAUCUACGGGGUCCUCAGCAACAACUUUGAGGCUGCCAUCGGGAAGUGUGACAAGAUUGACAGAGCUUUUAUCGAGAACUUCUUCAAAGGUUCGAGGUAUCUACAUACACCUUCAGGAAUGAUGCAGGCAAUUGUCACCAAGAAAGAGGGAGACUCUCUCACUCUCAUGAUUAAAUUCAGCUGA